AUGGAGCACAUUCCCAUUAUCACAGCCGGCAAAAAGACUGGCCCAAAUGUCAGUAGCUCUGGCGUGUUCAAUCAGAGUAUUCAUCCGAACGCCAGUGUGCUAGCGCUCGGCAUUCUUCUGUGUGAAAUACACCAUCUGACUUCCGUUGAGCACUGGCAAAAGGACCCGGAUGCCCAAAGGAAUGUCAACACUAAUUGGUAUACUUGCCAUGAGAUACUUCAGACGCUAGAAGCUGAGGCUGGCUUGGAUUACUAUCUUGCCACGAAGGCAUGCCUGCACUGGGAGUACUUACCUGCCGGACAGGACGCUGCCUUUGAGUCUGAGACAGUCCAGCGGCUCUUCUAUCAGAAUGUGGUCAAACGGCUUGAGGCCGAAAUCUUCAAGUCUUGGCGUCUUCGAAUAGAGGAUCUGAGCUCAUUCGAUUCUCAAGCGAAUGAAAGCUGCUGGGGCUCCAUCGGUCGAGAAGUCGUCCGCCUUGAAACUGGCAAGGAUAAAUAUCCCACUGAUACAAACAAUGAAGUACGUCCGCCUGCGCAACGCUCAAUAUCUGACAAUGUGCCGGCAAGCUUCAAUUCCGACAUGGUGUUACAGAAAUCCGCGCGACCUGCUCGUGCGCAAGUCAUUCCGGAUUCAACAAAUAGCUUGCACUUUUUCGACGCAAGCCAUCAGACGGGCUGUGAACAAGAGAAUCCCCUAUCGCGAAAAUGGAUGGACAACCUACUCUCCUCAAUUCACCAAUUCGUUGACCCUUUUGAGCCUGUUCAUGCUGGUGCGCUCCAAAUGGUCGAACCUGUGCGAAUAGGCAUCCUAGAUUCCGGGUUUGACCCUGAAAAUCCGCUCUUGAGGGAUGACUUCGGACGAAUAGACCCACGAAUCAGGGUUGCACAGAGUUUUGUACAUGGCACAGAACCGCAGGAUAUUCGAGACGAGAUUGGGCACGGCACUCACGCCCUUGGUCUGCUACUGAAAAUCGCCCCAUGCGCUGAAAUUUAUAUCGGAAAAAUUGCGCAUCGAGCAACUCUGAAUCGUAACACGUACGAUGACAUUACGAAGGCUAUCAAUCACGCGGUCUCUGAAUGGAAAGUAGACAUCAUAUCCAUGUCGUUCGGGAUUCGUGAAUAUAACGAGCCUAUGAAGAGAGCCAUAUCGAAUGCCCUACACGGUCAGACAUUAUUAUUCGCAGCGGCAUCGAACGAUGGAGCUAAUCUCGGAAGAGCAUUUCCCGCUAAAUAUCCUAGCAUCUUUUGUAUACACUCGACCGAUGGGAACGGCAACCCGUCGGCGUUUAACCCGACUGCAGACGAUAAAGACGUUAAUUUUAGUCUUCUUGGGGAGAAUGUCUCCUCAUACUGGCCCGUUGGUCUUGCGAAUAGCCUCGGCGAGCCUGUCAAUGCCAUGUCAGGGACAUCGGUCGCAACACCAAUUGCCGCGGGGCUUGCCGCUUCGGUCCUGUCCUUUGUGAGGCAGCAGGAUCAGCACGCCAUGGUAGGAAGUGACUUAUUAGGGCCAUGGCUAAAGGACGUUCAUUCCAUGGAUAUGGUGCUGAAGAGCAUGGCCAGGCAGACAAGGGGUGCUGGGUACAACUACAUCAGGCCGAGUGAACUUUUCGAUAGGGGCGCGUCGAGAGAGAAAGUUUAUGACAAGAUCAAGGACCUCAGACGACACAUGUACGAUUAG